UGUUACCCACAUCUCGUGCUCCAAUGCAAGCGCUUCGGUCCCCUUCUUAAAAUCGAACCAACCAGUAAGAUUUCGCCGAUCCCUUCUCGUACGAAGAAAUUUCGAUUCAAACAUCAGAUUUUUGUGCCUUUGGUAUCCUCGAUUUCUCGUUAAUUUGUUGUUGUGUGAUGUGUUGUGAGGAUUUUUAUUUGUAAAGUGAAUUAAAUUACAAAAUUUUACCUAUUGACUAUUAAAACAGUGCUUAUAAAUAUAAUUUUUGAUAAUGCCGGCUUUACAGAAUAAGAUUUUUCAUUCUCCGAAAAAAAAUUAUGGUCCUAAUCAUGGAUAUGCGGAAAUCCUUCAAAAACACUCCAUAAACUCGUUAUUGGACAAACCAGAAAUUUUAGAAGCAAAUACAGCUGGUGAAAGUAUGUCGUCUAUAUCGGAUUUGCUGGGAUUGAAUUCUCCACGGGGUUUACUGGGUUUUGGAAAUAAUAACUCUAAUGCAGUAUGUACUUGUCCGUCACCCCCGGAUACUCCUUCCAAUUUUCAGUUAGACUUGGAUGAAGCGAAAUUUCAACCUAACCCGAUUAAUUAUGCUUCAGUUAUAUCUAGCCCAAAGACUUUUCAAUACAAUCGAAAUGUAAAUUUGGGCAGUGCUGGAUCAAGCCCUUGUACGCCGCCAUCUUGUUAUAUGCCUUCCAGAUCUUUUAGAAGUACAUCUUUAAGUGACAGCUGUGGAAGUAACAGUCCAAACGUCCUUGAACAUUUGAACUACUCAAGGUGUAAUUCUCCUGAGUCUGAUUUAAGUGGAAUCUCAAGUCCGGAUGCUUCAUUGAAUGAACUUUUCAAUUCAUUGAACUUGAACGAAAAUCUGUCCAGAAACUUAUUUUGCAAUGGCUCUAACGACUUGGACAUUACAAAUAUACAACAUUUACAAGCGAUUCAGACUCUCAAGUAUCUACAGCAACCUGCAAGUCCUGCAAUACUUAAUUCUUUGUUGCCAACCGCCUGUUCACACAACAACAUGCAGCAAAUUUUGGACAAAUGGAACAGCAGUACGUCCCUGUUAGGUUUUAUUCCUGAAAGUCUUCAGUUAGAUAGAGCUGCUCGUUUUCAUCGUUCUUCGGCAUCUCUGUACGAAGCAACUUGCACAUGGAGCGGCGUCCUGCCUCCACGUUCCAUCGUAAAAACAAUCGGUUACUCCAGCAAAGUCUUUCUCGGCGGCGUGCCGUGGGACAUAACCGAACAGAUGCUCAUUCAAACUUUUAAACCAUUCGGACCGAUCCGUGUGGAAUGGCCCGGCAAAGAUAAAGCCGCUUCGCAACCUAAGGGAUACGUUUACGUUAUUUUCGAAUCUGAAAAGAACGUGAAGGCGUUACUGCAAUCCUGCACAAACGAUUACGCUGACGGUGGCAAUUGGUAUUACACAAUCAGUUCAAAACGUAUGAAGUCCAAGGAGGUGCAGGUCAUUCCUUGGAUUAUCAACGAGUCGAACUACACCAAGUCGACUUCGCAGAAAUUGGAUCCAAGCAAGACGGUGUUCGUGGGAGCCCUGCACGGAAUGCUCAACGCUGAAGGUUUAGCAAAAAUUAUGAACGAUUUAUUUGAGGGCGUCGUUUAUGCCGGUAUCGAUACGGACAAGUAUAAAUAUCCAAUUGGAUCUGGUCGCGUUACUUUUAAUAACCAAAUGUCUUAUACAAAAGCCGUGAAUGCAGCUUUUAUCGAGAUCAAAACAGCGAAAUUUACUAAAAAAGUUCAAGUGGAUCCUUACUUGGAAGACUCGCUGUGCUCCAUAUGCUCAGUUCAGCAAGGCCCCUACUUCUGCAGAGACAUGAACUGCUUCCGUUACUUUUGCCGUACUUGCUGGCAGUGGCAGCACAGCAGCGAAUUUCGUCAUCACAAGCCACUGAUGAGAAAUUCAAAGAACAACCAAGUUGUCGGAUUAGGAGCAAUUGGGAGCAGCCCCGUGUCCACGCCACCAGCAACGCCCACUGGUCUGUUCGCCUUGCCAAAAGCCUAAGCUGCACUCGGUUUGUAUGAUAGCCUACGCUAAAGUGUUAGCGUACCUACAUUACUAGAUGAAUAUUUCUUGUUAUUGUUAUUUAAUUGUUGGUAUUUAAUUUAGGUUAGUGUAGAUAUAUAGGUCAAAACGGCUCGUAUAUACAUUUUGAUCGUGGUUCCUAGUGUUUUGUUAACUCUAAAAGGGCAUAAACCACUUUUGACAGUAUAUAAGAGUUCGAUUUAUCUUCAAACUAUUUCUAGGUUGUUACUUUUUUUUUGUUGAUGUUAAUUGAGUUCUAUUGAAAAAAGUUCUAAAUGAAACUUUACAAUUUCGAAAUUCUAAUUUUACUACCGUUAGAUUGUUUAAUUUUAGAAUUUGGAACAUUCUAUUUAAAUAAUGUUUACGAUGAUUUAGUUGGAAGUAGUUUGAAAGUACGCCUCGUACGUUUGUUUAUAUUUUUGAUAAAAAAAUAUUUGAUGAUUUGGGCUAUUAAAAAUGAUGCUACUACAUACCGCUUGGGUCAAAUUUUACAAAUUUCUUAAUCUGUUGGAAUAGUACACCAAGUAAUUACCAUCACGCUCACAUCCUGACAAUAUUUCUGUCUACAGAUUUUGAAUCGAAAAAUUGACUGAAUUUAUUUAUCACCACUGGUUUUGAACUUUCUAUAAUAUAGGUAUAAUAGGCAAUAGUAUGUCAGGAAUUUGUGAGGAAUGGUGAUAAAGUUGCCAUAUGUAAUAUCUAAAAUUGUUACGUUUGUUUAUUCACAUCGGAUGCAUCCGAGAUGUGAAUUUUUGAUCACGUGAUUCAGGAUUACGUUCAAAUACGGAUGUAAUAAACGAUGUAAAUGUAUUAGUCAUGUGGUAAACGUGAUAUUGACCAGUUUAAGCAUAUAAUGAUUAAGUAUAUUAUUUUGUGAAUUCAAAUAAUCUUUAGUUGUCGAAAUUACCGAUAACUAAAAAAAAACUACAACUAAAUAAUACUUUUAACAGUAUGCACAGCUCAUUCUUCACGAAAAUGGUAUUCCGGUCGAAUGGAGCCACAUCAGGAGUAAAUGGACAUUGUGGACAGUGGAGGGAAUAGAA